GAUUUAAUACAAUUUAAUAAACCAAUCAGGAUCAUUUAACGAAUUUCGUUUGUAGAAAAACAAAUGGCGUUAGCCACUAAAGAAUAAGAUAAGCCUCAGCAAAACCGUUCUUUUACUCACCUGCACCAUAAUUCAACACUGAAGUGCACAUUUCUGAACUUUAAAAUUGUCAGACGUGUCAGUUCCAGAACUGUUAGUCUUGAACAUGUCAAUAUUUGACAUUAAUAGAGUUUUAAAUAACAUAAUUGAACCAACAAUCAUACAUUUUUUUAAUCAAUGACUUAAUAGAGCAGUGCUGUCUGACAGAGAGGCGUGUUUAUUUAGCUUUAAUAGUAUUAUUUGUUCAGUGCAAAUAUUUGACAGCACAUGAACAGUAAAACUUUUGCGGUUCUUAAACAUGUUAAAAGUAUUUUUGAAAAUACAUAAAUUUCAAAAGACUUUAUGUAAUGCCGAGCAACUAUUUUAACCAUAUUUUGUUCUAUUUUACAAGUGCCUCAUACACAAUGAAUAUCCACUUGUAACUAUUUGGUAAUUUUGUGAAAUAAGAUUUUGACAAAGUAAACGCAUUAGUUCGGUCUCACUGAUUAGAUCUUUAUAGCUAAUUGUUUUGUUCUUACAAAUGCUUAUGAAACGUUGAUGUAAUUAUUUUAACUUUAUCUUAAACAAGUGUCUAUUAUCAAAACUAUCUGUAUCCUAGUGAUUCGGAGUCAUACUUGAAUGUUCUCCAAACAGCUACAGACAUAAACUCAACCAGCUUCUGCUAACAAUCAGCCCAAAAUAAAAUCUCUAAGGGUCAAAUGGGGUAAAGAAGGAAAUAGUCCUGUGGUUUUAAAAUAUAUAUAUUUGCUGUAUUAGAUUUUUUUGUAUUAGAAUCGUUUAAUAACGAAUAUUUAUUCUAAUUAUUUGUUUGUUUUGAGCAAAAUUAAGUUGUGGGUAGGCUAUACAAGGCAAUGGUUAUAUACUUUUCAUAUUCAUACAUUCAUGAGCUCAUUGCCUUGUACAAGUUAUGAACACACACCUAAUACAAUUUUUCCCUCCAUUAUACUUGCAUUGUUUUACCAUUUUCAUAGUAGUCUACCCACUAUCGCAAAACGUUAAUGCUAUCAUUAAGAUUUUAAUAGUAUUAGACUAAUAAAUAGGUUUUUCAUAAUAUAUUUCGAAAAUAGCCUAAUACUGACUAAUAAAAGGAAAAGGAAAAUGGGAAAUGCGAUCUUUGAGAGAGGGUGAAACGUAACACAUUCCUAGUUGUUUAGAGGGGGAAUUUACAGCUAAGUAAUAAAAGUUUACGACUGAAUACACGCGGUCAUUGGUUGCGUCAGACCACGUGGUACUCACUCUAUGAACAUGAACUUUGUGCUGUUGUCUUCCCCUGGAUCUCCCCAUCUUCCGACUUGCGAGCUCGCGGUGGUGUUGAAAUGAUCUUAGCACCAGACAUUUUUACCGUUUUCUGUUUAAUCUCUAGCUCAGGCGGAUUUUUUAAAUGCUCUGUAACACCAUCUUGUCUCGUCUGCUUCAUCGCUAGCAAUGACUGACGGUCCUCAGUCCUCAGACGUCGCCGCCUCCCCAGUCGCUUUUCUACCUAUCUGAUCCCCUAGAGGGGAAACAGCCCUGAUAGCUGGAGCGUGAAGGAUUAGAGUGCGUAAAUAUGAUCAUUUCUCCUCGAAAGAUUACAUUUUUCCUGGGCACAGGAGAAUGAGAUCCUGGUGCCGUUCCUUAGUAUGAUCCUGCUGCUAUACACCAAAGAAACGUGCGUCACACAGACAACAGCGAACGCGGAUAACGUUGUGUUUGGAUCAAGCCGAGGACCGUACGAGUAUGGAUCUAACGUGUUUCUUCAAGAUAAGGAUGUGCUUCCCAGUUGCAGGCAAACUAGUAUGGGACUCAAUGCGCAGAGCCACGUUGCCCAGGAGUACAACCUGGAACAAGCUCGUGCAGGAACACAUGAUCAGAAAGGGAACAACAUUCAGAUCUACCCGUGGAUGCAGCGCAUGAACUCGCACAGCGGAGUUGGGUACGGAUCAGACAGAAGAAGAGGUCGCCAGAUUUACUCCAGAUACCAAACCUUGGAACUGGAAAAAGAAUUUCACUUCAAUCGGUAUCUAACCAGACGCAGACGCAUCGAGAUCGCCAACGCUCUGUGCCUAACCGAGCGUCAAAUCAAAAUCUGGUUCCAGAAUCGGCGCAUGAAAUGGAAGAAAGAGACCAAUCUAACAUCUACUGUACCGGGGAGCGAAUCAACGGGUACUCCUCAAGAGACCGAGAAGGAGACCGAGGAGGAAACCGAGGAAGCUAAAAAGAAAGACUAGGAAAUCAAUUUUUCGUUCUCUAACGCCUGUUAACUUCAACGUAACUACCUAAACUCUGAGAAUUUGCAAAUAUUAAUGCAUGGACUGUAUACUCUGCUAUUCCUUUGACUGCCCCCUCCUCCAACGAUCUGAAUACCAUAGACAAGCUCUACUACAACACCACGCCACUAACAUGUACACACGUAGAAACAAAUGGAGAGAUUGAGAGAGAGAAACACACACGUUAUCCACCAUAAUGUAAUUCACUUCUCUUUGUAUUGAAAAUAGCUCAUUACUGACUGCGUGGUGACAAUGCCACAGAUGAACUAUUUGUGUGGGUCUAGUAUCAUGUUGCUAUAGCCUCGUAGAAAUUACAUUCGAUGAAAAUAUUCUCGAAUUUGAUAAGUUGGCUACGUCUCCCCAACUAUUAAACCUCUAAACAGAACCCUAAGCAUUCCAGAAGUGAAGGAAACUUCUUAUGUGGACAUUCAGUUUUUUUGUGGAUGCAUAUUUGUACAAAUGAAACGAGCACUGACGGGAUGAACUAUACUACCUAAAUUCUUAAUGCAUUUUUUUUCUUCUGUUUUCUUAAUAUUGCCUUUGCCUCGUCAGUGUUUUGCUGUUCAAAAUGCCGCUGUACUGGCACAUUAACUAUUUGAGAGAACUUCAAAAAAAUACAUUUCAUCAUAGUUGUAUGCAUAUAAACUUGUCUUAAAGUGAGAAUCACACCCAUAUGAAAACAAACAUAUACCUUGUUACGCAAUUGUAUUGUUUGUGUAAACUGUGUAUUAUUUAAUAAACUUUUUGGAGAAAAAAAGUAUUUUCUA